AUGGGCUUCCCAGCCAAGGGUGCCUUAGCUGACCACCCGAUCAAGUUCCUCAUCCACGGCCGCACGGGCUGGAUUGGUGGCCUCCUCGGCAUCCUCUGUCAGGCCCAAGGCAUCCUCUUCCAGUACGCCUCGGGCCGUCUCGAGAACCAGGCCUCCCUCGAAAGGGACAUAGCCGAGGUCAGGCCCACCCACGUCUUCAACGCCGCGCGGUUGCACGGGCCGACCCAACAUCGACUGGUGGAGACCAUCCGAACCAACGUCGUUGGAACCCUCACUCUCGCCGACGUCUGCCGCCAACACGACCUCCUCCUUCUCAACUACGCCACCAGUUGCAUCUUCGAGUACGAUUCCGAUCAUCCUCUCGGAUUUGGAAUCGGCUUCAAAGAACUGGACACUCCCAAUUUCACCGGUUCCUUUUACUCUAAGACUAAAGCCAUGGUAAAGGAUCUGCCUAAGAACUACGAUAAUGUGUGUACCUUGCGAGUGAGGAUGCCUGUCUCGUCUGAUUUGGGAAUUUGGGAAUUUACCCCAAAUUCGAAACUAGAGAAGAGUAAGAAAAACUCAAACAUCAUAAGAGAAAAAUGGAACAGAGAGCAAAUUAAACAAUAA